AUGUCGUAUUUAUUAAAGAACUUGACUAAAGCAACAGAAGAUCUGAAUGAACAAGAAAUCAUUAAUAAUUUGAAAACACUAUUAGCUCAGGAAGUUAACAUCAAAAUAUCUAAUGCAGAUGUAUUGUAUGCUUUAUUGAAAAUCGACAAGAACGAAAUAUUACUGCUAACAGCUGAAUUAAUCGCCGAAUUAGCAAAAUUUGAACAAAACAGGAAACAACUCACCAAUGAAGACAUAAUCAAUAAACUGAUGCUCUUGCUGGAUACUAAAGACAAUGAAGUGAUAUUCAAUAUAGUAAGAGCUCUGGGAAAUAUAUGCUUUGAAAAUGAGGAAGCUUGUAAUAUAAUAAACAAACAGGGUAUCCAUAUAUUCCUGGAAAUUUUGAAAAAGAACCCAGAAGAUUCACCCCUAUUAACCAAAGCACUUGGUUUGCUAGUGAAUCUGUUCACUUUACAUGAAGGAUUGAUGAAAUCUGCUUUGAAAAACGACCUAAUUUCAACUCUAGAACAAUUACUGCACAAAUAUGCCAAUUUGCUCAACAAACAUCCCUCAUUACUUACCAUAUUACUCACAGUAUUGAACAGUGUAGAAAAUUACCUGGAUGAAAUGAAUAUACCAUUCACAGAAGGCUUGUGUCAAGAUGUUAUCAACAUAUUUAAGGCCAGUACUAUUCCAGAAAUAUCUGUCAUUGCUGUUGAAAUUUUCCAUGGGCAAUGUGAAAAAGAUGAAAUCAAAAUGCUUCUUGCUAGGGAAGGUGUAUGUGAACUGUUGUUUGAACUGAUUGAGAAAUACAGACACAAAGUUGAUGAUGAAGACUCUAGAUCUAUUUUGAAAAUGGCAUGUGACCUGAUUGUGGUAAUACUUACUGGAGAUGACUGUAUGUAUCUGUUGUAUAAUGAUGGUCAAGGGAAGUUGUACAAGAAUAUGAUUACAUGGCUGGACAUGUCUGAGCCAGAUUUGCUCAGUACAGGUGUUCUAGCUAUAGGUAAUUUUGCAAGAAAAGACAAGCAUUGCAUACAGAUGGUUGAGAAUGGCAUUGCAAAGAAAUUAAUCAAUAUUCUUUCAAAAUAUAAUACUAGUACUGAUAUAGCAGAUGUUAAAAUACAACAUGCUUUGUUAAGUACUUUGAAAAACUUGGUGAUACCUAAAGAAAAUAAAGGACUUGUAUUGAAAGAAGGUUUAAUUGAAGUAAUCUACCCAAUGAUUAAAAUAGAUCAGUUUCUUGUUAUCUUUAAAUUAUUGGGAACAUUCAGAAUGGUUAUAGAUGGACAAGAAUCUGCUGCACUGGAUUUGAUCUCCAGAAAGGACUUCAUUGAACGCCUGGUAUAUUGGUGUUACAACUCAGACCAUUUGGGGGUCAGAGGUGAAGUGCCAAGGCUCCUGGCUUGGCUUAUAAAACACUGUCAUUCCACCAAACCCUAUGAGGGUUUAUUGGAUGUUGAAGAUAGUGUUAAAUGCAUUGUGGAAAUGAUUUCAUCCAAUCAUGCUGUGAUGCAAAAUGAGGCUUUUUAUGCCUUGACAUUGUUGUGUGCAAGCAAUGACAAGGAAAAAAUCAACAGCAAAUUGAUGGAUGUUUUGGUGGAUGCUAAUGUUGGGAAAAAUCUGAACUUUGUCUUGACAAAGUACAGUGAGAAAAUGGAUAGAUGUACCAUAGACAACUUGACAUGUUUAUUGGAACAGAUUGUGAAGUCUGCAGUGGUAUGUGACCACUUGAAGGCUAGUAACAUUUUAGCACCUCUUAAUAAGUUGAGUUCCAACUUGGAUGUGGAUAAUUCUGCAAAUAAACUGAAGGAAAUCAUGUCUCAGUUGUCAAAUUGA